AUGAAAAAAUGUGAAAAGAAAACAUGGCGAGCUUUUUUCUACUGCGUUCUAUGGGGCUCACGGGAAGACAUUGCCCGUGAAGCAGCCACUCGUCAAAAUGAGUUAGCCGAUAUCAUCUCGGAAUUGAAUAAAUUCAAAGAGAUUAUUUACACGCAGCAUCUCAGUUUUGAUCUACGUCCAGAAACAGCAAGCUCUGCUCAAAAUGAUGUUCAGGACGGAAUACAGUACAAAUUGAUCAUCAUGCCAUACGAAGAGCAAUUACAAAAGAUCGAAACUUCAAUUUCCAGUUUUCACCAUGAUAUAUCUAGACUGAACGUCCUGGCAAGCCUUCUCAUUGAAUUUUCAUCUAAAACGUCUUCUCUACAAUCGUGGAUGACUCAUCAAACGCGAGUAGCUGGCUCUAUUCGCGAACGCUCUGCUGAUCCCCAGUAUCUAUCUGAGGCACGUCGUGAGGCUAAGCGUCUAUUAGAAGAAGUCGCCCGAGAAGAAAGCAGCCUGAAGGCUAUCGGUGCUUUACUUUCUAAAAUUGAACAAGAAGUUGAUUCUCUUUACGACUCUGUUCCUGAUGCGGAUACACGUGGAAUCCACUCAACAGAAAUUAGGAACACAUUUUACCGGGUUGAAGAUGACUUCUCAGCUCUCCAAAAGCAAUGCGCCGAUCUAAUACAGUUCCAGAACCGCAUAGGGUCCCUUGGAACCGAACUAAGUGAACACUUGCGAAAGGUGGAUGAUUGGUUUGCGAGUAUAGAAGGAGAACUUACGGAAGUUGACCGAGCUCCGGACAUGGCUGUAGAGCAGAAGCUUGCCGCUUUGGAAGAUUUGAAUCAACAGGUCGUGCUCACAAAGGUGGAUGAUUGGUUUACGAGUAUAGAAGGAGAACUUACGAAAGUUGACCGAGCUCCAGACAUGGCUGUAGAGCAGAAGCUUGCCGCUUUGGAAGAUUUGAAUCAGCAGGUUGUUGAUGGACACAAACACUUUGACAAGGUGGAUCAGGCCUCCCGACGCCUUUUAAACGCUCUAGAUGGAUUGAAUGCGCAUCCGGAAGUAGCUAGUCGUCAUGAAACAGAAGCAACAGAAAGGAAACGGCGGCACGAACGUUUAUUGGAUCGCAUCCAAGAGGUAUUUAAUCACGCAAACGCUCAAAAAGCUGCCAACGAAGGUGUACGAGAUGCUGUGCUUGACUUGCAUCGUUGGCUGGACGACUAUGAACAACGUGCUGGAAUUUCCAGGGAUAUUCCUCUGGUAGAGGAGUCCCUGAACGAACUGAAGCGAGAGGUACAGCUACUACGAAUGGAUCUUGAUAGCCGCAUCGCAGUUUCCAAAGAUCUCGCAGAAGACUUGAGCAAGUUGUCUGCUUCUAAUCCUCCUGAAUGGAAGAAUAUGAUUGAGGAGAAGUUGAAAAAGGCUGUUUUGCGUCUGCAGAAAAUUAGUACCGAUCUUAGGUCUGAAUGCGGUGUACCCACCACACUGGACGCGUUGCACUCAUUACAAACCACCCUGGAACGUCUUAAUAAGAGCAGAAGAGCAGAACAACGGCGACUUGACGACGUGGGUGAUAAUUGUAUAUUUAUGGAAGAUCUUACUAUGCAAGAAACGGAGGCGACCGUGCCCUCUGCAUUUUAUAACCCAUCAAUAAGAUUGUCAACAAUCUAUUCGCUAACAUUUAUCAAUAUUACGGAUAUUCGCCUUCGUGGACGAGAACUAGCUGGAGAGGCAUCGAUACAAAGUGAAGCUCAGCAAGUACUUGAUCGAAGUAAAGUUCUUUCCGAUGAGUGGGAUCUGCUUAGCGAUAAUAUAGAUGCGAUGCGUGAUAGAGUUAGUCGAGCUGAAAAAUGGGUAGACGGCUACACGGCUCUUGAAAAAUGGUUGGCAGCUAAGCGUCGUAUGCUGGCUGCUGUUGGAGUGGUAACCACGGAUUCGGCUAUCGCUAGCACUCAGUUGGGACAGAUCCAGAUAAUUAAAGCUGAAAUGGACGGCGAACGAUCAACGUGGUCAAAGUUGAAUGAUGUUGCACAGAAGCUGUCGUCGGAUUCCAACGAUGGAGUUCUUUCUUCCGCGAUGAAUAAGAAGCUUGAACACUUAAAGGACGUUGCUCUUUCAUCAAGAAACGAGGGAGAUGAAAUCGAAAAGAAGCUGGAAAGUCUGCUUGACCUUGCCCUCAAUGCGAAAUCUGAGAUUGAUCAGGUUUAUAUUUCCUUGUAUGAUAAUUCUUCCUAUGGCUUUGUCCGGCAGCUGAAAACAAUGUUGCUGAAUAUCUCGAUUACGAAAUUCUUGAAGGCAAAAGAGUAA